GUAAACAUGAACGGCGUUCGACUUUGACGUGCCUGCCACCGAUCCGAUUAUUAUUCCGGGGUUGUUUUUUUUUUUUUUUUUAAAUCGUAAUUCCUGGUCGUCCGGACCCUCGACGCAGAACCGUCCCUGGCACGACGGACGCACCCUGCGACAUCCGACGCUCCUCAGGGCGAGGGAAUCACGUCGACAUGAGCCAAUGUUUUUCUUUUCGGAAUCAUAGAAUAAGAUGAGGAAUGAUUGUAAUAUUAGAUUUCACCUUUAAGACUGUACGUAGGAUUAAUUGGAAUGUAGACUGAUGUAGAGUGUUAAAAUGGCAAAUAAUUGCUCAUCAAAUUCAGUUGCGAUGGAGUUAGAAAGCCAAGACAAGAAGCCGGAUGAGCAAAACGGUAUAUCCAAAUCACAGCCAAAGUUCGUCGAAACGCCGCAACACAUUGACAAUGAGAAAGCAAAGAUGUUGCUCAAGCCGAGGAAACUGCCUUGCGCGAGCCAGGUACCAACGCAUGAGGAGAUAGCUCAGGAAAUACUUGCCAGGGCGGAGAAAAAACGACAGUACUACCCGGAUGGUGUCGAUGUUUUGGUCGCGAUGAAAUCCCCGAGCCAGUUGCGCAAUUUCAACCAAGACAUUCCACUUCCUCCACCGCCGAAAAUUACUAAAGUUAGAGACAAGAACAAAGUUACCCUCGACGCCACAGAACUAUUGUCGAUUUUAGAAGAUGGUGCGGAGACUCAUUACGUUGAGAAACCUAAGCCUAAAGUCUGGUCGAAAGGAAGGGGCAUUAAGGAUUUAAACAUUGAUCCUGAACUUGAAAAAUCUCUUGCGAUGCAGCAGCUCAUGGAGUUUUCCAGAAAGAGAGGCCGGCCGAAACAAAGUGAAACGAAUAACAACAACUCAAAAAAUUCUGAACAGCCUAAGAGGAAAGAAGCGAAGAAACCGGCGAAUCGCGAAUUGCAAAAUCUUCUUCAGGAUGAAGGCGCUGUAAAUAUGCUUUACUCAGUAGAAAAAGGAGGUGAUGAAGGGAAAGAGAGAUUAUUGUCAUCGAAGAGAAGACAGAAAAAGGUUUUGAAGAAAAAAGCCGAGGAAGUCAAAGAGGCGAUUUUGGGUUCUGCUGUAAGUACCACAACGGGUGUGACGCUCCGAAACCAAAGGCAAGAAAAAGUAAGAAAAGCUUCAGUAGAUUCAGUCGAAUCCGAACACUCAGCCAACAAUGAUUUCAAUUUCCCUGCACCAGCUGAAGCUUCCAAAAUCAUCAGGAGGCAUUCUUCAAGCAGUUCGUACUCUUCGAGAGGUAGCAGUCCGACUCGACGGUUGAGCAUUGAUUUUGAAAAAUCGCCGGCCGUCCAAGAACUGCCAAAAGAAGAAAGGGCUACAAUAAAAAUGUCAGAAAGGGCAGAAAAACUCAUCGAGAUGAAAUGUAAAGAGUUGAAUCUCCAAAGGGAACAUUCAGUUAUAAUAAAACAGCUAGUCCAAGAAAAGAAAAACGGCCUCAAAGAAAGACUGCAAACAGAGUUUACUACCAAAUUUAGAGCAGCUGUCAAUUCGCCAGUGACUAUGUCUUCUCCAGUCGUACCCGUAAAGCCAUCGGCUAUUCCGAAGAGCCCGUCUUCAUCGCCUUCAAAGCCUGUCUGGAAAGUUGUCGAAGAAGAUUGGGAAUCGUUCGAUGAGACCUCUGACGUGGAUGGCGAUACGGCACCAGCUCCUUUACCUUUGAAACCUGGCGUUCACGAAAUAAUAAAACAAGGUCUAGCCUCUGUUAUGAAAACAGAACAAGACAAAAUUCAAAGCAAAGCGCUUAAAAAACCAGCUGUGCUUAAUUCAAAGAAGAUAUCAAAUCUCCAAGUUAACAAGAUAAUGACAUUACAAGGAGAAAAGAAAUCCGUAAACAAGCAAGCCUCAGAUGUAAAUCCUGAUGUUAAAGAGCCUGCAAAGGACAAACCAACUGAACCAUCUUCUCCAAAGAAAACUUUCCUAGUCAAUUCAGUACCCCUUAGCAAACCACAAGAGCAGAAAAAAGACGAUAAUCGUGAUUCUAAAACUUCAAUUAAUCUUUUAAAAGGUCCCUUUCCAGGUAGUGAUGUCCGGCUGGAAAAACUGGAAACAAUAAUGCGUGUAAAUAUUUCCCCACAAGCAACUAGAUUGCCUCAAUCAUUCAACGCCAAAGUGUUAGGAGAGCUUUGUCAGGCUCUUGAUUUCCUUAGUUCUGAACAUAGCACUACUGCGAUAAUCCUGAAUUCAUCUGCUGUCAAAGGCAUAUAUUGCAACGGAAUCGAUUUGCCUUCCUUACUUUCUCCAGAUCUCGAAAAGAGGAAAAUUCUUGCGAGCCAAACAGCAUUGGCAUUAAGGGAUUUCAUAUGCAAAUUGUGCAUGAUUGGAAGGCCAGUGUUAACUGCAGUCAGCGGGAAGGCGAUCGGUCUCGGUGUCAUAAUGUUGGCCUACUGCGAUUAUGUCAUAUCGGAUGAGACUGCUACGUUCUACACACCGUAUUCGAGGCUUGGGUACUUACCAGAGGCAGCUGCUACCUUAGCCUUGCCUCAUGUUAUCGGCCAUAGAAGGGCGACAAGCCUGCUACUCGGUUGUGCCCAGAUGGACAGCUCUGAGGCAGAACAGUGCGGCCUCGUCUCCAAAGUCGUACCACGGAUUGUGCUCGAAUCCAGGCUGAUGGAAGUUGCAAACACGAUCACCAAGCAGUCAAUUCAAAGCAUGAUCAGCACGAAGGCUCUCCUGAUGCACACUCUGAGGACACGUCUGACGAGCGUGCUUAACAUGGAAGUGCGCAUGUUGGAGCAACACUGGACCAGCGACGAUUGCCAAUUACGCAUCAAAGAACUUCAAGAUAAUCCGAUCUUCUGAUAAUAAUUGUAAACUUGUCCGUUGCAAGUUGUUACUGUUUCGUGGGAACAAAAAUAUUGGAAGGGAAUUAUUUUAUUAUACGUAUUUUUUUAAGUUUAUUUAGUUUAUAAUAUCACUUUUGUUUGACUUUAUGAGUAAUUUUAACUCCUAAUAUGAUUAUUGCUAAAUAAUUCCAAUGUUAAGGUUUUUUUUGCAAUUGUUGGUAAGUUUUUAUGAAAUAAUUAUAUUUAAACUGUUAGGUAUUUUUAUAAAUAAGGGUCUCAUUACUUUACUUUGUUAAGAAAAGAAGAUUUUUUUAAUGCAAAGCGUAUAAAUUUUUGUUUAUAUAAAUUGUUCCAAGAAUGGAUUUUAAUUUUAAUUUAAAAUAGUUUAAUUUUUGUUUUUUGUUCCACUGCUUUAAAUUUAUAACAGAGCUUGUUCGUUACCAAAAAUUAAAUUAAGAAUAUAUUUUCGGACAAUCAAGGGGAUUGUAUUUUAGAAGGAAGAUAACGAUUUAAUGCGAAAUCGACAGCAAUGUUUGUUUAAUGUUAUCACAUUUGUUGAAAAUCAUAGAUGGCAAUAAUUACAAUUAAUGUUAUAGGCGAAAACAAAAGACCGAGCAGUAAAAAUUAUGCAAUAUAGAUAAUUUAAAGUCUAUUCACUGGACAAUAUAUUGCUAUAAUGAAAGAAAAAAUAAACAUCAUUAAGGCACAUUCCAUUCACAAUUGUUCAGGCUGAUUUUUUAUUUUUGAACUGUCUCGCUAUUGGUCUACAUUAUUGCAUUAUUAGAUUUG